ACGGAUAGAAUAAAAAGGGCCCAAGAAUCAGCACCUCACAAGCAGGAGACUUAGGGAGUUAUGUAAGCCCCAGACUUCAGGGCUGAGGAAUGAGAGAAGGGAAGUGUCCAGGAUGGUAGGAUGAGCACAGGUACUGUAGCAUGGAAAGCAGAAGCUGCUGCAGGGCCCUGUAACAGGAAGCCUCAUCACACGCUCCUGAUGGACAGAUGCUGAGAACCAGACACUCCAUAAAAUGGGUACUGCCUUGCAUGAAACCAACAGCUCAGACUUCCACGUGACCGAGUUCAUUCUGCUGGGAUUCCCAGGCAUUCAUGACUUCCAGCACUGGAUCUCCUUGCCUAUGGCUCUGCUUUACAUUGUAGCUCUUGGUGCCAAUAUCCUUAUCUUGAUCACCGUCUACUGUGAGCCAAGCCUGCAUCAGCCAAUGUACCAGUUUCUUGGUAUCUUGGCUGCAGUAGAUAUUGGCUUGGCUACCACCAGCACCCCCAAGAUCCUGGCCAUCUUGUGGUUUGAUGCCAAGACCAUCAGCCUCCCUGAGUGUUUUGCUCAAAUCUAUGCAAUCCAUACUUUUAUGUGCAUAGAGUCAAGCAUCUUCCUGUGCAUGGCAAUAGAUAGAUACGUAGCCAUUUGUUAUCCCCUCCGGUAUCCUUCCAUAGUCACUGAAGCUUUUGUAAUCAAAGCCACACUGACCAUGCUGCUAAGGAACAGCCUGUUACCCAUGCCAGUCCCUGUACUAGCUGCCCAGAGACAGUACUGCUCCAGAAAUGAAAUAGAUCACUGCCUUUGCUCUAACUUGGGCGUUAUUAGUCUGGCCUGUGAUGAUAUCACUGUCAACAGGUUCUACCAGUUGACCUUGGCCUGGAUUAUGGUUGGAAGUGACAUGAUUCUGGUCUGUGCAUCCUAUGCUUUGAUUAUUUGCUCAGUACUGAGGCUGAACUCCACUGAGGCAAUAUCUAAGGCCCUCAGUACCUGCAGCUCCCACCUCAUUCUCAUUUUGUUUUACUACCCAGCUAUUGUUAUAUUAUCCGUCACUCACCUAGCAGGAAGAAGGGUUCCCCUCAUCCCAGUUCUCCUCAAUGUGAUGCAUAUUGUCAUCCCCCCAUCUCUUAACCCAGUGGUAUAUGCCCUUAGGACACAGGAGCUGAAGGUAGCCUUCCAGAAGGUACUUGGCUUUAGUGAGUAUAUGUCCAGGAAGUGAACUGUAUGGGAAAGAACUCUAAAGGCAGUUUUGCAGGAAAAAGAAAGUAUAGACUUUAGCCCCAAAAUACAUUGUUAAAAUUUUAUCUCUCCCCAUUUCUAGAUCAUUGACUCAAGCUCACCUACCAUGAGGACUAUAUUCCAUAUAUAAAUUGUCCCUGAUGCUUUUCAUAAAUGUUCCUUCCCACUUCCUAUAAGAGCCUAUGAUGCAGUACUCUGUUUUGUAUGUUCUGCAUUGGAAAUGGACUGGGAAACUGCCAAUGUUGACUUGGAAGUUUAAACCUGAGAUUUGAAUUCAGAUAGUAUCUUUCUUUUCUCCAUCUUUAUUAAAUUGGGUAUUUCUUAUUU